CCCUGGGGGACCGGGAGCCAAUAGCGUCGCUCGACAACCCGGAAGAAACAGCAGCCCGAAAAGAGCGCCUGGAGUUCAAUUUUGAAAAGAUACGAAGACAUUGACAGUUCUGAUCUGAGGUCAGUGUCCGCCCCAGUAAGACCAUGAGUUUCUCCCCCACCCCCGUGGGCCCGCCCGGCAGCCGUAGUGUCCAGGAGCAGAGAGAGAAGUGGGAGAGGAAGAGAACCCGUACAGUCAGGGCUCUGGUCCAAACUGAACAGAAAUACUGUAAACAACUACAACUAGUCAACACGUACUUUGUGGAGAUUCUGAAGGCCAAAGGCACCCUGAGGCAGGACAUUAGAGAAAGCAUCUUUAGUUCCAUUCCAUCCGUCUAUUCAGUAAACCAGACGUUGUUGGUCCGUCUGGAGAACGGGGACUUCGGCCGUGGAUUUGAUGACUUCUGUCCUCACCUCCACCACUACGUUACCUACGUAGACAACAUCCAGAACGCCAACAGGGUCCUGGCGCUCCAGGUCAAGAAGAACAAAGCCUUUAGAAGGUUUAAGAAGCUCCAGGAGUCCAGACCAGAGUUCCUCAACUGUAAACUAGAGGACCUCCUCCCACUGCCCAUACAGCGCAUCCAACAGUAUGUUAUUCUGUUUCCAUACACCUUAGAUUGGGUGUAUAACAGCCAGACCAAGGCUGAGACCCCUGAAGACACCUUCAGACCAGACACCCUGAAGACACCUUCAGGCCAGACCAAGGCUGAGACCCUGAAGACACUUUCAGACCAGACCAAGGCUGAGACCCCUGAAGACACCUUCAGGCCCUGA